UCUCGUAAUAAAGAGAAGGCGCAAUCAGCCUUGAAUAGAUUUCAGGCGUACAAGAACAAAGAGGCAGGAAUCCUAGAGUCCAAUCCCAACUUACGUCCUAAAUAUGUUCAAUCUGUGACUUCAUUACCUCAAGCUGAGAAAUGGCGAUCUACUGUCAUAUCAGAAAUAUCCGUCAAAUUAACUAGAAUACAAGAUGUAUCUAUCAAUGAUUACCAGAUACGAGAUAUUAAUGAUGAUUUAAAUAGUUUAUUCAAAGAGAAAAGAGCUUGGGAGUAUCAUAUAAAGUCAUUAGGAGGAAAUGAUUAUAUCAAUUUUGGAAAGAAUAUGAACCAAGCAGGUAUAACAGACUCAUCAGGAUUACAAGUAAAAGGAUAUCGAUACUUUGGUAGAGCCAAAGAACUUCCUGAUGUGAAACAAGCGUUGGAAGCUCAGAAAAAGAUACGAAAUGACAAAACCAGUGCUAGAAAAGCUCAAGAUGAAGAAGUUAAAGCUAUGAAAUCAAGAUUGGACAGGAUUGAUUUAUCAUAUUAUGGAUGGUACGAUGAGAUUAAUACAACUACUCAUAAGAAAGUAUCAGAAGAAGAGAUA